AUGGAGGACUACGCCGUUUUUGAACCCGCAGCAAACCCGGCCAUCAAAAACAUAGUCCAAGAAACGACCAUCCAUGUGCCCAAAAUAGAGUACAAGGAAAAAGUCGUCCACGUGCCCAAAGUUGAAUACAGAACGUACCCCGUCCUCAAAGAUGUGGAAGCCCCCAUAUACCAAGAAAGGUACAGGUACAAAGACGUCCAAGUCCCCCAAAAGAAGUUCAGGGUCAAGCCCGUGUACAAGGUGGUGGACGUGCCUCAGUACAAAUAUGUUAAUAAAUAUGUGAAGAGAAAGUACAAACGAUUUCAAUACGUGCCAAAGGAAGUCCCUGUGCCUUUUAGACCCAGGAGAGAAAUAUAUACAGAAAUUCCCAUCCGUAGAUAUAUCCCCCAGUAUAUGGAAAAUGGACCCAUACAACCGGACAUGCAUAAUAGCGCUUAUAACCCUCAGGGAGAAUUACCCCUCUUCGAAGGGUAUAAUCACAAUUUUUUAAAUAUGAUGAAUCCGUUUAGUAGGUAUAAUGGCAGGAAGAAGGAUAACUGCUUUUUGAGCUGCCUCUGUAAUGGGAAGAAUGACGAGUCAUUAAUGUACGAAAUGGAUCCUCUGCUCUUUUCAGAUGUAGCUUAUACACACGGUAGGGACAAUCUGUGCGAUGUGAGAAGUGGGUAUGAAAUUUCCCCCGAGCCGUACAGCACAUUUGCCUAUAAUAGUUACCCUCUUGUGAUACAUAAACGGGAAAAUAAUUUGUAUAACAGAAUGAUCGAGACCACGUCCAACUUGUUGGCGGCAGCUGGGGUGGCUCUCGUGCUGGCUGGCAGGCUGGGUCUGCAGGGGAUAUCUCUCCUCGUGGGGAGCGCUGACAAGGGAAAGGGGGCGCACAAGGGGAGCCAUGCUGGUGCGGCUGCUGUUGCUGUUGCUGGCAAGGGUGAGGGUGCCGACCCGUAUGCGCUCGAUGGGGGGAGACGUAACCCGCUUAAAGAUACGCAGGUUAAGGAGAAGCAAAUUGAGGAUCAAAGCGGGAGAAACGCCACAAAAAGGGCAACCAAAUAG